CUACCAAACAAACCUCCAGUCGCUUUUCCGCCUUAAUUACAGCAGUCUACCGUGGGAUACCUAGUAGUGCUCUGGUAUCAUCAACCGUCAUUGUGAUGAUUCAGUGAGGUUAUCUAACAGCUGAUACGCCGUGACGUCAUCACCUCGCCACGCGAUCAGUAGUUGUCUGUCGCUCAGUGAGUUGAGUUGAGUGAGGUGAGGUUAUGUGUCUAGCGCGGCGCUAACGCGGUGAAAGUGACUGCGGUGCUGCUGUGGUGUGGUGUGAGAUUCGCCUCUGAAGUGUUCAGCAUCUGUUGUGAUCGUGAAUUCUAGCCACAGGUACGGGGACCUGCGUCGGAAUGCUGGGACUAUGGACCAUCACAAAUCUAUUUUCAAUCCCAGGAACCUGAUCAUCUGUGUCACCACAUGCACCAUAGCCAUUGUCUGGGCAGUCAUACUAGUGACAGUCUACUUCUACUUUUUUGGAGGACCAUACACAACUGUCAUUCACAAUGUGACCGAGGUAGAAAGGGUGCAGAUGGUACGCCAGGAGUUACUGCCCUGGUAUCUCGGUGGUCCAGUGUUGCCUACAACUUGCCAAGAUGACGACAUUGUGCCUCUGUUUGGUAUCACUCCACCCCUCACACAGCUUGACAGACUAAGGAGCCAGCUCAUGUUUCUACCUCAGGGGAACAGUGAGAUGAAGAUUGUCCUCUUCUGGUCAGAUUGGUUACCUGCAGAAACUGAUGAAUAUAAGAUACUACAGUGCCCAAUCAAAUCAUGUGUGUUCACAAACUCCAGAAAAUUGUAUGAAAAAGCCAGUGCAGUUGUCUUUAGAAAUCCUUCAAAGCUACUAAAGGAUUUUCCUGAAGAAUAUAGACCACGAUCACAGGUGUGGGUGUUCAAUAGUCUGUCAGCUCCCCAGUAUGAGUUUGCUCACCCCAGAGAUGUGUUCAACUGGACAGCCACCCCCAGAUUAGAUUCUACUGUCCCUAUGUUUCCUCAUGGGGUGUGGAUGUAUUACAACCCAGUUUGGAGACAUCAAGAUCCUUCUGUAAAUAAGGUCGGCCACAAGUUGCUUGAGGCUGCUGCAUGGUUCCCGUCAUCGUGUGAUGUGAGAAGCCGAGCUUACCGUUACAUAUCCCUCCUGUCUCAUUACACCUUGGUGGACACCUUCAGCAGCCACCCGUCCUGUACUCAGAUGGAGGUGGUGGACCAAUGCCCUCAGGGCCGCUGGGACAUCUGUCUGAAGCUGUUGAGAGACAAAUACCGUGUUACACUGGUCUUGGACACUACCAUGUGUAACAAUACCAUACCUGACAUGUUCUAUCUAGCUCUACAAGCCAACACAGUGCCAGUAGUUAUGUGGCCAGCCAGGAGUGUCUAUGAACAGCUGGUGCCUGAGGGAUCCUUCAUCCACACAGAUGACUUCCCAUCAGCCCGUGACCUAGCCUGGCACUUGGACAAUAUAUACAAGGAUGAUGCGGUCUUCAACAAAUACCUCAGCUGGCAGGGGACUGGGCUCUUUGUCAAGUCAUGGUAUUGCCGCCUGUGUGCCUUAUUGCAUCACAACAACUUGCCAGAUUUGAUGAUAGAAGACAUCAACCUAUGGUGGAACCCUGAGGGAGAAUGUACUUCUUGACCAGUGGUAUAAACUAGUCCAAACCAUCUUCUAACUUUAUAUUAGGUUGCUUCACUUCUACAAUGUAUAUAAUACUCUUCUAUUUUCACAUUCCAAAGGCAUAACAAAUUAUUCUGUCCAAGGAAUACAACCCUACCAAAGACUACAGAAUAAGAACUAUCGUAAUUUGACUUUAUUUAAAUCUGAAUCUGAAUAAUUUUUCUCAAGAAUGUAAGAAAUCAAAUCCACAAAUUAUUUGUUUAGCUUUUCACAUAUGACCAAGGAUAUAAUUUAUCAAAUUAUAUUAGGUAUGAAUAUUUCUAUUUCUUUAGCAGUUAAAUCAUUUAUUGAUACUUAAAAAAUUUUCAGUCAAAAUAAUUAAAUAUGUUUCAAGAAGUUAAUUGAAUUCUAAUGUGUUAAUGUACUUUAAUUCAAUUUAAAGGUGUAAUGUUACCGUAGCUUAACAACUACUGCAUUAUAAAAAUACCAUAACAUAAUAAAAUGUGCCUUGGCCCUAGCAGAUAUGUAUUUUGUAGUUAGAACCGUUAGCAUAUUUUUUAUAUUGUGAUAUUGUAAAUAUGUAUAUCUUUUACUAGUCUUACUACAUGAUAAUGAUUGUGAUAAGUGCAAUAAUGAAUGAUAAUUAAUUAUGUUUUGUAGGCAAGUGUGAUCUCUGUAUCAGGUACUAUAAAAGUAAAUUUUUUAAGGAUAGAA